AAGAGAUAAAUCUGAGACUCUUGAAAGGACACGAUGCCUUUAAGCAGUGGAACAGCUGGUUGUGUGUUGUUUAAUAAUGAUUGUCAUGAUUGGAGAUAGUGGUGGAAGGCAUAUAUGCCAUGCCCAUUGGAUUCUCUUUUGUUGGGUGUUUUAGACAUAUUCCUUCAUGAUCAUCAAAAUGAUGAACAUAUUAUAGUUGCUGAUGUAACGGUUGGGUCAGAAUGAUGGAUUCAAUCAAUCAAUUUAGCAAAGAAAACUUAUAUUUUUUUCAUUUCUUUAUGAUUGUUCUUCUCAGAAUCUUGUUGGGUUAAGGAGAGAGCCUCAUAUGGCCCACUGGUUAUUCUAAACCAGGCUGUUUUGAUCUUGGCGAGCAUUUUUUAUAUAAAUCUUGAUCACCCAAGUUCAUAAUUUAAGGGUUGGUUUAAGAUUGGUUGUGGUAUUGAAGCACAGAAGGCAAUGGCUGGGACACCAAAUGCUCUGUCCCAACUGAUUUGGAAAAGAAAUGCAGGGGUUCUUGAUUAUGUGCCCAUCAGUACUGGAAAACCAGAGGCAGGGGGUGGGCAAAAGAAGAGAUUUGAGAAGGUGGAUAUGGGCUUUUGUUGCUGUUUUCAAUCUUCUGAUUGUUCUAAGAUUAUAUUCAUUUCAAGAGAUGACAGGCUUGGAAGGUUCUGGAACUGGUUUUGGGGAUGGAUUGCAGCUAAGAAGAAGUUUGUAAAUUUGUCCUGUAUUUGCACAAAAGGGAAAGUUGUGUUGGGUUCUGCAAGAGGAGCUUGGAGGCGUUUGUUUUGGAAGGUGAGGUCUGAGUUGAGGAAAUCCAUGAGGCCUACAACAGUGCAGAAGUUUACAUAUGAUGUUUAUAGUUAUUCUCAGAACUUUGAUGAGGGAUGUUGGAAGAAUGAUCAAGAUCUUUAUUCUUCUGCUCAUAAAUUUGCCUCUGCCGCUAUAAACAAUGGCCCUAAUGGUGAGGUUGUGAGGCAACAUUGUGUGGGCGAGCAGGAAAUGAUGCAGUAGGGUUCAAUGUUAUUUGUUCUCUGAUUUGAAAGAAGUUAGAAAGUAUAUGAUAGUGGCUUAACAUAAUGUAUUUACUAGGGAUGUUUCAGGUAUUUUCAUUUCUAGGGAGGGUAGCUUAUUUUUUGAGGCAUAUCAUUCUUUCUACUGAUAAAAAUGGUUACCAGGAUUUUUCAACAUCCAGACAAGUUUUUUGGUUUUUCUCCUCGUGGAGCAAUUUUUUUUGUUGGAGGCUGAAUAAGGGAGAGGGAGAGACUUUGGUAUGUUUAGAGCUCCUCCAAACUGUGAUCAGGUGGUUCUCUCUCUUGUGAAUGAUGAACUAAGGCCACUGAAUCGAUUUUGUUUGUUAAUGUGCUACACUGUUACUAUUCCCUGGAUUUUGGAGUUGCAAUUCUGUGUUUUUUUGUAGUGCCUAUUGCUUAUAGAUAUAAAUCUAAAGAAUCAUGAGUCUCAGAAAUUUUUGUAAAAUCUCACAAACCUACUGAAAGUCCUAUUAUACCCUUAUAGAUUGAUAUUUGAAAA